GAGUGAAGGUGGAGAGAUUCGGAGCUGGCACAGUGGCAAGUGUGGCGCCGGCAGUGACAACGGGAGGGGGAGGAGGAGAAGGGGGUGUCACUACAGCAGGCAGGGUGGAGGGAGGGCCGCUCAAAGACGGGGAUCUGUCACUGGGCUUCGGCUACACGCCUCGGGUUCCCGUCAGCCUGAGCGACGCCGUGCCCCCGGGUUCUCAUCCAGGGCUGUGGGGGCGGCCUACCGCAACUUACAGCUUUCGCGAUGCCGGUGCUGCACUCGGCGUGGGUUUAGCCGGCACCCAACGCGAAAUUUUCCGGGACAUCCUCUCUCGCGGUGAAGAGUUCGGCCCUGCGUACGCCGAGGUCUUGAAGCUAGAUAGUGAGCGCGAGCGAGCUAUUCAGCAGCAGCAGCAACACCACCAGCAGCACCAUCAACAGCAGCAUCAUCAGCAACACCAUCAUCAGCACCAACAUCAGCAGCAGCAACAACAACACCAUCAGCAGCAGCAACAACAACACCAUCAGCAGCAGCAACAACAACACCAUCAGCAGCAGCAACAACAACACCAUCAGCAGCAGCAACAUCAUCAACAUCAGCAGCAGAGCUUGCAAGGUGUUCAGAGACAAGUUAAUAUCGUAGGAGAAGGACCGAAUUAUGGGGAUACUGGGCGAGGAGAGGGCGAGAGUAGCAGUAGUGGGAGCGUGGACAAAGGUGGGCACCAGGGCGAUCAAGCCGGAAUGGAACCAUGGGCGGCUCGCACUUUGAGGGACGACGUGGUGCGGGUGAUGGAUGUGCAGCCGCUCAACGAACAACCACCAUCCCGUCAGGUUCUACAACACAAUCCCCAAGCUGCCCAGCCCAAUGUCGACGCUGUCCCGCAAGUGCAUCAGCUUCAACUAGAUGCAACGAAGCACAAGGUCCCACACGCACCGCAAGUUCCACAAGUUAUGGGCCACGGCUCUACGGCGUGCCAAGAAUGUGGGAAUCAAGCGAAGAAGGAUUGCUCGUUUCAGAGGUGCAGGACGUGUUGCAAGAGUAGAGACUUCGACUGCGCCACCCACGUCAAGAGCACCUGGGUUCCGGCCUCCAAGAGGCGCGAGCGUCAAGCUGCGGAGGCUGCUGCAGCAGCGGCUGGACAACCAAGACCGAAGUCGAAGCGCGCCCGCACCAUCACACUGGCUGCACCUGCAGGUGCGACCACAUCUAUGACCACAACGUCUGCCAAUUCGCCCCGCGGCUCUGAUAUCAACUCUGGUCACCCAUCUCAACCAGCGCAAGGAAGAGGGGGGUUGCCGCCGGAAGUGCGUGCGCAAGCGCUGUUCAAGUGUGUGAGAGUGACAGGCGUGGAAGAUGGUGAGAAUGAGUGUGCAUAUCAAGCCACGGUGAAGAUAGGAGGACACAUUUUCAAGGGAUUGUUGUAUGAUCAGGGGCUAGACCUUGCGCAACAAGCUGUCACAUCUAAUCCGAGUGAGCUGCAGCUGGGCGGGGGCGGAGCAGGGGGCGUGCGGAGCAACCUUCCAUCGUCGUCCCCUUUGUUGGAUCCGUCUGGAAUGUAUGCCGGCAACCCGCUUCUUGGAGGCGAAGAUUCGCGUGUAGCUCCAUGGUUUACGUAGCCGCAGGGGGUGAGGAAAAGAGGACUUAAAUGAGCUCGGUAGGGCGAUGAUCCCAGCGUGUGUGGCACUGUCGAUCGGGUGAUGGUCUAGAAGUGAAUUGUCCACCGUGUGGCAGACAGUUUCAUGAGGGGCAAAUUUUGUAAGAAGUUAAGACUGGUAGGGUUGGACUAGGAAUGGGGUUUGGCGAUGCUGUACAUGGUGUAUGAUUGAACAUGACCUGAUUUAAAGUUUCCAAGUUGCUGCUGCCUUCAACGUGGCUGAA